AUUGCACGCGGCGAGCGCCCAGUGACAAUUGAAAUCUCGCAACCAUGGUGAAGUUCUCCAUCGAUGAGCUCCGUCGCCAGAUGGACAAGCAGCACAACAUCCGUAACAUGUCCGUCAUCGCGCACGUCGAUCACGGCAAAUCCACGCUGACGGACUCCCUCGUCGCCGCCGCGGGCAUCAUCGCCGCGGAGAACGCGGGCGACGCCCGCCUCACGGACACGCGUCAAGACGAGCAAGAUCGCUGCAUCACCAUCAAGUCCACCGGCAUCUCGCUCUUCUACAAGAUGGACGAGGAGUCCCUCGCGCUCAUCCCGAAGCACGUCCCGCGCGAGCCGGACUGCAACGACUACCUCAUCAACCUCAUCGACAGCCCCGGGCACGUCGACUUCUCCUCGGAGGUCACCGCGGCGCUUCGAAUCACCGACGGCGCGCUCGUCGUCGUCGACUGCGUCGAGGGCGUCUGCGUGCAGACGGAGACGGUGCUUCGUCAAGCGCUCGGCGAGCGCAUCAAGCCGGUCAUGACGGUGAACAAGCUCGACCGAUGCUUCCUCGAGCUCAUGCUCGACGGCGAAGAGGCGUACCAGAACUUUUGCCGCGUCAUCGAAAACGCAAACGUCCUCAUGGCGACGUACACGGAUGACGCGCUCGGCGACUGCCAAGUCGCGCCGGAGAAGGGCACCGUGUCCUUCUCCGCGGGGCUUCACAACUGGGCCUUCACGCUCACGGUCUUCGCGAAGAUGUACGCCGCCAAGUUUGGCGUCGAGUUUGAUAAGAUGAUGGAGAAGCUCUGGGGCGACAACUUUUUCGAUCCCAAGACGAAGAAAUGGACCAAGAAGCACACGGGCGAGAAGACGUGCAUGCGCGCCUUUGUUCAGUUCAUCUACGAGCCGAUCCGUCGCGUCAUCGACGCGGCGAUGAACGACAACAAGGAGAAGCUCUGGCCGAUGCUCGAGAAGCUCAAGGUGAAGGAGAAGCUCAAGCCGGCGGAUUUCGACCUCCUCGGCAAGCCGCUGAUGAAGCGCAUCAUGCAGACGUGGCUCCCCGCCGACGUCGCGCUCCUCGAGAUGAUCAUCUUCCACCUGCCGUCCCCGGCGACGGCGCAGAAGUACCGCGCGGACACGCUGUACGAGGGUCCCCUGGACGACAAGUACGCGGAGUCCAUUCGCAACUGCGACAGCAGCGGGCCGCUCAUGCUGUACGUCUCGAAGAUGAUUCCCACCGCAGACAAAGGACGCUUCCUCGCCUUCGGCAGAGUCUUCUCCGGUAAGGUCAAGACGGGCAUGAAGGUGCGCAUCCUCGGCCCCAACUACGUUCCGGGCGAGAAGAAGGACCUGUACGUCAAGUCCAUCCAGCGCACGGUGCUCUGCAUGGGCCGUCGCCAGGACGCGGUCGAGGACGUUCCCGCGGGCAACACGGUGGCGAUGGUCGGCCUCGAUCAGUUCAUCUCCAAGAACGCGACCAUCACGGGCGAACAAGAGGUCGAGGCGCACCCGCUCAAGGCGAUGAAGUUCUCCGUCUCCCCCGUCGUUCGCGUCGCGGUCGAGUGCAAGAACUCGCAGGAUUUGCCCAAGCUCGUGGAGGGUCUCAAGCGCCUGUCCAAGUCGGACCCGAUGGUGCUCUGCCAGAUCGAAGAGACGGGGGAACACAUCGUCGCCGGCGCGGGCGAGCUCCACCUCGAGAUUUGCCUCAAGGAUCUCCAGGAGGACUUCAUGGGCGGCGCGGAGAUUCGCAUCUCCGACCCGGUCGUGUCUUUCCGCGAGUCCGUGAACAACACGUCCGACCACAUCUGCAUGUCCAAGUCCCCGAACAAGCACAACCGUCUGUACUUCCAGGCGACGUGCAUGGAGGAGGGCCUCGCCGAGGCUAUCGACGACGGAGACGUCACCCCUCGCGACGAACCGAAAGCCCGCGGCCGUUUCCUCGCCGAGAAGUUCGGCUGGGACAAGGACCUCAGCAAGAAGAUCUGGUGCUUCGGCCCGGACACGACCGGCCCGAACCUCAUCGUCGACAUGUGCAAGGGUGUCCAGUACCUCAACGAGAUCAAGGACUCGUGCGUCGCCGCGUUUCAGUGGGCGACCAAGGAGGGCCCCAUCGCGGAGGAGAACAUGCGCGGGAUCAAGUUUGAGGUUCACGACGUCGUGCUUCACACGGAUGCGAUUCACAGAGGUGGCGGGCAGAUCAUCCCGACGUGCCGCCGCGUGUUGUACGCGUCCAUGAUGACGGCGGAGCCGAAGCUUCUGGAGCCGGUGUACCUCGUGGAGAUUCAAGCGCCGGAGGGGGCGCUCGGCGGCAUCUACUCCACCAUCACGCAGAAGCGCGGGAUGGUCAUCGAAGAGAUGCAGCGCCCGGGGACGCCGAUUUACAACAUCAAGGCGUACCUCCCCGUCAUGGAGUCGUUCGGGUUCACCGGGACGCUUCGCGCGGCCACCUCUGGUCAGGCGUUUCCGCAGUGCGUGUUCGAUCACUGGGACAUGCUCGGGUCCGAUCCUUACGACACCAACUCGCAAGCUGGGAAGCUCGUGCUGGACAUUCGCAAACGGAAGGGCAUCAAGGAGUUCAUCCCCGCGCUCAGCGAGUACGAGGACAAGCUCUAAGGGUGAGGACGAGGAGGAUGGCGAGGAGGAAGGCGGUGUGUUGUGUACUGACUGCGUCAGAAAACUAAAAAACUUUGUGAAUAUCAGAUACAUCGAAUCG